AUGGCUCGUUCCCUCGCUCUGACCGGUGCUGUUCUCCUCUGCAGUGGUGCGCUCUUCACGGCCUUCGUGGCCGCGCCCCGUGCAGCACCUGCUCCGACCAUGCCUCCGGCCGCCACUGCAGCCUUGAGUGCUGUGACCCUGGUGGCUCCACAGGCGGCUCAUGCCGAGGAUGGCGCAGUGUGGAUUCCUGCGCUCUCCGCCAUCGGCGCUGGCUUCGCUAUCGGCCUCGCGGCUAUCGGCUCGGGUGUGGGCCAGGGCAUUGCCAGUGGCCGAUGCAUUGAUGGCAUCUCUCGCCAGCCGGAGGCCAGUUCAGAUCUGCGUGCUCCUCUUCGCGAACCCGCUGAUCAAGUGAUCGAAGUGGUAACGGCGGUCUGGAGAAAGUUUUCCAACAGGAUGGCCCGCUUCCUCGCUCUGACCGGUGCUGUGCUGCUCUGCAGCGGCGCUCUAUUCACGGCAUUUGUGGCUGCACCCCGUGCCGCCCCAGCGCCGACCGCUCCGCAUGCUGCCACUGCGGCCUUGAGCGCCGUCACGCUGGUCGCCCCCCAAGCCGCUCACGCGGAGGAUGGCGCCGUAUGGAUCCCAGCGCUCUCGGCCAUCGGCGCCGGUUUCGCCAUCGGCCUCGCGGCUAUCGGCUCCGGCGUGGGCCAGGGCAUCGCCAGCGGGCGCUGCAUCGAUGGCAUCUCUCGUCAGCCUGAGGUUGCAGAUGACCUCCGGGGUGUGCUGCUGCUCUCCCUGGCCUUCAUGGAGUCCUUGACCAUCUACGGUCUCGUGAUUGCCCUGGUCCUCCUCUUCGCGAACCCACUGAUCAAGUGA